CACGGACACACAGACGAGUGUUACGGUUAAUGACAGUUUCCCUCAAAAACAAUCAACCAAUUCCAUUCACUGUGUGAUGCAUCUGCAGCUGAUUGCAGAUCCAUGCGGGUGUGUAUCGUAUCUGCCGUCAGCUGCGCGGCCUCUUGCGUCCUCAACCAUUCCAUGGCAGCACGGCAGAGGCGACGAGCUGCUCAUGAUCGAACAAGUCGCUGAGCAAGAAGGGCGCGGCCGUCCCCGGAUGAGGACCUUCCACAUCCGGGCCACGCCUUCUCACUGACGGAGGCCGAGCUCCAGGACCGCUUCUAGGUGACAGGGCAAGGAUGUGCUGUGGCCAGUCGCAUUCCACGGGACAGGUGAGUAGGGCAGGCGGGCAGAUGGAUGGAUGGAUGGAUGGAUGGAUUCGUGGAUGCACGGACCUAUCUGUCUGUGUGAUUGUGUGUGGUUGGUGUGCAUUCUCUCUGAAUUCAGGGAUGCCCAUCGCUGCGUGCUCUGAGCUUAUAAGCUCAGCCCCACAGAACAGGCUUCUGGGGCCAGUACAGCACCAGCACCACGGCCACCCCACCGACAGCCACAUCAACCGCAUCAACAUGUACGCACGGCCAGCUGGCUGGUCAUCAUGCGCCUGCACUCAGAGAGAGACGGAUGUACAUCCAUCCACUUGCAGACUCACUCAUGUGUGCGUUGUCCGUCUAUCCAUCUCUGUGGUGUCUGUGUUUUAGCAGCGCCAUAGACGCAGCACCACCAUCUUCAGCCCCAUCAGAGCACAGCAAUGGGCGUCUUCGACAAGCUGUGAGUGCGCUUCAUCGCUGACUGACGGAUUGGCUUUUACGUGCUCUCGUCAUACAUACAUAUAUAAUGCAACCGCUUAUCUCUCUAUCUGGCUAUGUAGCUCAGUCCUUCUCCCUGCCGGCCGUGUUGAGCUACAUAGCUUGUUUGCGUGUGGACACGGUUGUAGUCAAGGAGAAGGCAGUCACCGAUGUCCACACAUGAAUGCAUUCAUUCGUUGUUCUGGAUGCAUUCAUUCGUUGUUCCCAUCAGUCGGGGAUGCGCAGCGACUGGACAAUCGACAGCGCCCUGACAUCAUCACCACACACACACACACACACGAUAUCUCUUUGUCCCUGUCUCUCUUCAUUGCUGUCUCACUUGUCGCACGGCCUUCGCACCGGUCCUCCCCCAUUGUGUUGUGCGCUUGAAGUGAACGCCCACCAGAACAUCCGGCCGCUCGUGACGAUUUUCAGGUUGGCCAUCGCAGCGCACACCUCACGCGCCAACUCAUCGUCAGCCGCAGCCUCACGCUCAGCACACACACUGACACACAGACAGUGACAGAGACACACACACUUUUUAGAGAGCGAGAGAGAGAGAGCUUACGUGUGUUCGUGUUGUGGUAUGUUGAUGAGUGUGGUGUGUUGCAGGUCGACCUCCAAUUGGCGCCACUCAGACGACGACGGACGCACUCGAGACACACUCACCUGACAAUGAAACACAUCCAGCCAUCCACAUCCACACUUGUGUGUGGUCUCAUUGUCACUUGUGUGUGGUCGAGUCCGGCCAGCUCUGCGAUGGACAGCGGCGCGACAUUGGACCAACACAGCGCACCCACGUCGACACAGAGACUCUCAUCCACGGCUUUGCACGGCAGCCUGCAGAUCACAGACACACAGACGCACAGACAUGCAAAUCUCUGUCUGUCUGUCUGUCUGUCUGAGUGGAUUGCGUGCCGUGCGACGAGUGUGUCUGAGAGCGUUGCGACGGAUGGGCACGAGUCGACGAGCCUCGGCAUCAUGUCACUCCCACACACCGGCAACUUGAACACACACAGCACCUGCACACGCACACAUCCAUCCAUUCCCUCUCUCUGUGUCUCUGUCUCAUUGGCCCACCGCCGUGCUGUUGGUGGGCAGAUCGGCGCCGAUGUGUCCCUGCUGGAUGUCCCGCUCGAGUGCGGCGAAGAGCGUCGUGGGCCGGUGGCGCUUCACCUUGGGGCGGGCCAGCGAGUCAGCUGUGGCAUUGGUGGGCUCGGCGAGGGGCGGGGAGACGUUCGGGUGCAGCAAACUGACGGUCCGCUUCAUCGCUGACCGACUGAUUGAUUGACGGAUAUAUGGGCCGAUUGAUUUAGUGCUCUGCUUUGGGUCAAUUGAGAGCGUCGGUCUGUUUGUCUGAUCGAUCGAUCGAUCGAUCGUGUAAGUUACGUACACACAUAAGAUUUAGAGAGCGUUGGUGUUGGUUGAUUGAGCUUUGGCGCGUCAUGCCAUGGAUGUGAUGUGGAGAUCGAAUGAGAGGCGGCCUGCCUAGGUGCUGUACUAAAUCAGACUGCAUGCCACUGCUACAGCUAGCUGCAGGGAGACUGACUGGUCAGCCAACAGAGAAAGAGGGACGCAUCAAUUCAAUCGAUGUCCUGCUGUGUGUCGGUGUGUCGGUGUGUGGGUGGGUGGUUACCUCCGUCCAUGCGAUGUGUGACAGAAUUGACUUACGUAGUCAGUCAGUCGCAACAAACAAAUACACUCAAGGCAGGCAGGCAGUGCAGUCAGCCGCACAUUACAGAUUUCUGGACAACGAUCCGAUCCCAGCCGGCCCGGCCAGCCCACGACACAUCGAUCACUGACUGACAGGACGACGACGACUCCCACGCAGCCCAGCCUCACUCAGCUUUCACACGCAGCGUGACCGCGGUGGGUGGCCGGCGUGUGUGCUUUCGGGUCGGGCGAGGCGAGACAUACACAAUCUCGAGCAGCCACACGCCGCACACACACUUA